GGGCACUGGUUCUGUCUGAGAUGCUCAGACUACUCCUUGGAGUGCUGUAGGAAGAGGGAUUUUCCCCUCUGUUCUCAGCUCCCUGAGGAUGAAAUCUGGUGUUUUCCCUAGCACAGACCAGCAGUCAGAAGGGAAAGCUGAGCCUCCAUGCAGAUUCUGGCAAGCAGGGAUGGAGCUGGCCCACUUCCCACAGGGCUGCUGGCACUCUGCACAGCAUGAAGGAGAAAUGGAAUUGCAGAACAAUUUGUGUUGGAAGGACCCUUGGAGAUAUCUCCUUCCAAUCCCCUUCCACAGGCAGGGACACCUUCCACUAGAACAUGUUGCUCGGAGCCCCACCCAAGCAGGUCUUGAACCCAACCAGGAAUGAGGGAUCCACAGCUUUUCUGGGCAACCUGUGUCAGGGCCUCAAGGAAAGAAUUUCUUAUAUCUUACCUAAAUCCAGCCCCUUUCAGUUUGAAGCCUGUACUGAGCAGCGUGCCUAGGUCAGAUGGACAGCAGACAGCCUGCCCUGCACAUCUUCUCCUCCCAUUUGGCCCAUGCCAGGUUUACCAGCAGGAUUUUCCAGCCACUGGCAGCCCCUGUCGCUGGGGCUGGCAGCACUGGCUGUUCCCGGCAGGUUCCCAAGUGUGUUCCAAAAGGAAUACCACAAUGCAAAAGUGUUUUCCCAAUGUGGGAAUGCCAAAAGCAGAUUGUAAAAAUGCUCUGGCAGGAUUAAUGUUUGGGUUUUUAAUGUAUUGUCGUAGUUUAAACCAGGCAAAAGAAUGGAGUGUUUUCAAGGGCUUGGGAUGGUGUUUAUCACAGCCAAGGAGAAAGCAGCCCCCAAGGACCCCCAUUCUUUAUCAGCAGGCUUAGGAGGGAGGGAGCUCCAGGCAUCCCAUGACUGAAUGCUAUGUAAAGCCAAGCCCAGAAGAGCCUGGGUGGGGUUCAAGGUGCUUUCUUCCCACACAGAAAUGCUGGAUGAGGUUAUAAGUUUGUUUUGAAAUUCAAGCCUGGAGGACUUGUCCCAGGAAAGGAAGUGCCACCUGCACUCCUGCUCCCGGAGCCAAGCACCACAUCAUGGUUAGUUUAACCACCCUCUCCCUGGCAUGGAGGUGGGCAGGGUGCAGGAGUCCAAACCAUGGAGCCACCAGUGAACCUGAGCCUGUAAUUAUUCCUCCCUGGAAGCCCUAGGCAAAGACCUCCAGCAAGCCAUGCCCAUGCCCAUGGGACAGUGCACCAGGCGGGGCCGGAGCUGCUGGGUGGCUCUGGGGACUUGAGGCUGCCACAAGGGCCAGCUGCAGGCUGCUCCCAGCCCAGCCUGGACAGGUGUGAGUGGCAGCACUGAAGCAUUGAAGGCUGGGAUGGGGCAGUGAAGACCGAUCAGUAGGGAGAGGUUGGUGACAUCCCCACUGAGCUGUUUGGCUCAUUUUGCUGCCCGCCCUGUCCAAAUAGGGAGGAUCUUCCUCAGUUUUCCUGUCAGCAGUUUCUCUGCAAGGUCUCAUGUCUUCCUCCCUGCUGCCACAGGAAUAAUCCCACAGGACGUGUCUGUAACAGGCAAGAAGGUAACGUGAUACAGCAGCACGACCACUGGCUUCAGUUCCCAAACAAGACCCCUCCACCAGAGAGCAAUGGUUAUUCUGGACGCUCUCCCCUUACAAGCUGUGCUGCCCUGCUGACUGGAGCAGAGCCAGCCUCUCUCCAGAGGUAGGGCAGGUUGCCUUGCCUCUUGGCAAUGAGCUCUCAGAGGCAUCCCUGAGAUGUCCCUUCCCUGUGGGCUUGCAGGUGCUUGAGAACUGAGAGAAGCUUAAUUUUUUCAGCCUCUCCUUUUUGCACUAAGCCACAGAACAGUCCUGGGCAGGGGAGCACCCAUGGCAAGGGGCAGCUGGUAAGACUACAUGGUCCAGCUCCUUUGCAUUCUGCUGGCUGGAGGAUGGGUUAGAAACAGGAGAGCAGACUCUGGAUCUGUCAGAGGGGAUUUUCCAAAAGCGCUCACCCUCUGAUUCAGGUUGCCAAAAUGCUUUUCAAAGGGGCUUUUCUUGAAAAUGAUACAGAGCAGUCACUCCUUGAAGGCACCUUCAGAGAGUUCCUUCCACACUGCAUUUCCAAAGUCACUGUUGCACCUUCCUUCUCUUGGAUCUCCUGAGCUCCCAUCUCUCCACAGGGAUGCUUUGACUCCCUACAUGAGGUUUCCCAGGACAAGCAGAACUAUGUUUUCCCAGGCUCACAGGGCUGCAGGUGAUGCUGCCUGAGGGACAGGGAGGAUGGCUGAGCACUGCUUGUUAAUGGGCUCGUGUAUUCAUUAAUUACUACACGUGGGUAUAGCAGGGCCAGCCCAGAGCUGGGCUUUGCUGGCAUUCCGCUCUGUGUGUACCAGGUACAGCCACAGGCUGGGGAGACACAGCCUUGGGGACACCCCUGCCUUGGGGAACCCCCCCAGGCUGAGUAAGCUGAGCACACUGCUUUGCAGCCAGACCCUUUCAAAGUCCACGCUCUGCAAAGUCCAUUCCUGCACUUCGAUAGAGCAACUCUGCUUGAGAGCUGAUGCUGCACAGUAGGAGAGCACAGGCUGCAUUCAUCCGCCCUCUGAGGCGUAGGUGGGAGAGCCAGGUGUCUGCAGCUGGCCUUAAGAGACAGAAGUCAUGACCCAAGAGCGACUGUGGCAGGAUCCACAUCCUGGAUCCAUCCUGGGGAGACCUGCGUGCCCUCUCGCCUCUGCUCUGCAGCUCAGCUGCAGCUGUGGUGCUUCUGAAAUGGCUGGGAAGGAGGCAGGUCCAGCAGAAGAUGGAUGAGGCAAGGAGAUCUCGGCAUCUGGCCCAGGAGAGAAUGGAGAAGGCAACUCGCAGGUUUAAACAAGAGAACCCAGGCACCCAGGCCUCACAAAUCCUCUCACUGACAAUGGUGGAGCUGGCAGAGAAGCUGAAGGAGGGGUCCCUGUCCCCAGGAAGUGUCCUCUACUCCUACAUGGACAAGGCUUACCCCACUGAACUCAUUGCCAAAUGGAGGCAGCUGAGGCUGGAUGUGAUCCUUUGUCCCGUGCUGGGGCCAGCCUUCAACCAUGGCUAUGCUGGGAAGCUCUUUGCUGCAGCCUCCUGCACCAAUCUGUACAAAGUGUUGGACUUCCCUGCCGGGGUGGUGCCGGUCAGCAGGGUCACGAGAGCCGAGGAAGAAGAACUGAAGCACUACCGAGGCCACUCCAGAGACCUUUGGGACAAGAGGCUGAGAGAGGCCAGCAGGAAAAGAGCUCAGGUCUUAGAACCAGCAGAGUGACACCUCUGGGACACGGUCCCAAGGCUCGUCUACAUCUCCAGUGGCAGUGGGAGCUUGUUUAGCAGUGCACUGUUUCAGCACCCUGGUGUUUGUCAGCCUGGCAGCUGUGCCCUCGCCUGCCUUCCUCUGCCCUCCCUUCCUGCACUGUCCCGUGCCUGCCCUGGUGCCCUGACUCAGCACUGUCCUGAACUCUUGCGGGCUGUGGAAGGAGCUGUGGGCUGCCCGUGGCUCUGCCGGGGCAUCAGGAGCUGUGCCUGCGCUGCGUGAAGGAGGGGGAGGCUCUUGCCCGUGACACAAAGAGAAAUGUGUGAUUUCUGGGAGCCAGCCUCCAGUGGGAUGGCUUUUCAAUCCCUGCUCUUCCCUCCAGCCACCUUCUACCUGAUAUGAAGUAAAGUAGAUAGUGAGUUGAAAACUCUGAGCUAAUGUUUUAAUA